AUGUCGCAAACGAGGAAUCGCAGAAUCUCGCUCGGCUCGCCGAAGGACCUGAAGGAGGUGAAAUUUUUCGAAGAGGAACCUAUGCCCGAUGUACCGCCAAAGGGAGCACGUGUCCAGGUUUGUUAUGCGGGUGUCUGUCUCACGGACCGUGAAGUCACCAACACGAAACAAGCACGCAUCACCAAUGGCAUCAAGGACACCUCACUCUUCCCAGGCUACGAAGUCUCUGGCAAAAUCGAAUCCUUUGGCGACCAGUGCGUACCCGGGGAAUUCGACCUGCAAGUUGGGGAUAAGGUGAUUGUCUGGCCCACAGAUGAGAUGGCGGCACAUGGAUACUCGGAUUUUGUCGUCGUCCCAACGUUGAACUUCCUAGUCAAGAUCCCCGAGUCAAUGAGUAUGCACGUGGCUUCGAUUCUGCCCGCCGGUGCCACCUGGGCUCUUUCAGCGGUAUUGCAGGCGCGCCCCAUCGUCGAAGCUUUCUCGCACUCCAAGGGCUUUUGCAACAUCCUGAUCGUCGGAGCGGGAGGUCUGGGACUGUGGCUGCUCAAGCUCGCCAAACAUUUCUUGACGAUGAAUAAUGAAAAGAAAAUCAAGAUCAUGGUGGCCGACGCGAAGGAGGAGCGCCUAUGCCUUGCCGAGAAGAAUGGUGCCGAUUUUGUGGUGCACUGGGAUGAUAAUGAAUUCGAGGAAUAUCUCAUUAUGCGCACAAAAGACGUUGCCCGAACAGGGGUGCAGAUCGUCUUCGACUUUGUCACAUCUCCUCGUACCGUGACGAGAUCGCUGAAGUGUCUAGCGGAGGGUGGUGUGCUCUUUGUUGGUGGACUGUCAGGACUGGAUGUCCAGCUGCCAAUCAAGCUCGUCGCACGAAAUCGCCUCGCCAUCAUGGGAGUUUCCCGUGGAAAUAUUGAUCAGCUAAAGAACCUGGUCAACCUGAUUGCUGGCGGCCAAAUCGAUGCUCCGGAUUACGUGGUUUAUCCAGCUAACCAAGCCAGCAUGGUCCUCAAACAACUGUCAAUGUCCGAGGUCGAAGGCCGAGCAAUUCUCGAAGUUUGCGACCCGUCCAACGUCGCCAAGAAGGAAACA